CCGCGAGCGCUGUCGCUCUGGAACGCCUUCGUCAGCAAGGAGCUUCGCCAGCAUAACAAAGAGAUGAACACGAAUGAUGUCGUGUCGUCCGAGUUCAUCAAGAACUUGGCCGAACGCUGGCACGCGAUGUCCGAGCAAGACCGGGAAGAAAUGUGCCGUGACACGGUUGAAGAACUCAACGAGCGGCGCGAGGAGCGUGGGCGCGCCGUCCCCAACCUGCCCAUCGCGAACUUUAAUGAUGCGCGCGCAACAUUGAUGAAGGUGGUCCAAGAGCUCGAUGAUCUCCACGAGCGCACUGGCGUGGAGCUUCUGCUCAUUGCGUGCCGUGGUGAGCGAGCCAACUACCUCAAGCCCUGGGUCUACCGGACUAGCGCGCGCGUCGAGGAGUUCAUCGAGCUCCUCACUGGCGCGACGUUGGGCACGCUGUCCUCGCGCAUCGAAGCUUGGUGCCUCACAGGACUCAACGGGUUGACGAAGAAGCACAAGAAUACAGUCCUGGAACUGAAGUCCAAGAUAGGUGCCAUAAUCCUGGAGAAGCUUCAGGCGACGUCGACCCGGGGGAACCCCUCCGCGAUGUCGUACACCGACUUCCCCAAGAGGAUUACCUACAAGCUCGGCAUUGUCCUCAAGAACUGGCCGCUGGAGUCGUUCCAGGCCCCCGGCCGUUUCAACUCCCUCAAAUUCCUCAACACGCUUCGUUCGGCAUGGGAGAAUGACACCACGCACUUCCAGACGCUCACGAACAACGAGCAUACGGCCUGG